AUGUGAUGUUGGGCUUACUGAAUGGUUUUGCAGGUUUCAGUAGAUUGGAGGAUGAAGUGAAAUUAGAGAGGUUAUGGUUGGGUAGAUGAUAGGAAAUAUGGAUCGGAAAUGGAUGUUUGCCAAUCGAGCGUCAAAAGAAUACGAAGAUGGGGUUCAAGAAUUUGUUAGGUUUGCUAUUGCUCAUGCCGAAGAUACUAGUAAAAUUAUAUGCCCUUGCUUAGAAUGUUGUUAUACGGAUGUUAGUGCAAAUGUUUUGGAAGAUCAUUUAAUAUGUAAUGGAAUUGAUAAAAGUUAUACUUGUUGGAUAAUGCACGGUGAAGAAAAAACCAAGUCCACAAAGAGGAAUAAUGGGAGAGAUACAUCAAAUGAUUUUGAAAAUGAUACAAAUUAUGAGUUUGAUCGAGUUGAAGAAUUUGUGAAUGUAAUUGAAGAAGAUCUUCGUGAUUGUCCUCAAAUGUUUGAGAAGCUAGUAAGUGAUGCAGAGACUCCAUUGUGCGAAGGAUGUACUAAAUUUACAAGAUUGUCUACAGUCUUAAAAUUGUAUAACUUAAAAGCACGCCAUGGAUGGUCUGAUAGGAGUUUCACGGACUUACUGACUCUCUUAAAGGAUAUUUUGCCUAAGAAAAAUGUGCUCCCUAGUCGGACCUAUGAGGCUAAAUGA